CCAUUUUCGCUUUAUUCCUGACAUGGGUAACAUGUGAAUGUAACAUAACCUUAACGUUAACGUAAAUACUUGUAGAAAUGAAAACAGGGAUUAUUAAAAAUAAUAUGUGUAGUUAAUUUUCAAGUAAUUAGUUCCACAAAUAAAUUAAAAAUGAAUGAGUCGAGUGAAACGAUAACCCAUAAGACUCAUCGAGAACGUAAUGCUGGUCGUAAAGCAGAGAAGAAGAAAGCAAAGAAACAACAUAAUGAAGAAUUGUCAGAUAAGCAGAGAAAUCCAAAAGCAUUUACAUUUAAUUCUACGAUUAAGGCAGAGAGACGAUUCAGGCGGAAACAAGAUAUUGAAACAAAAAAGCAGCAUAUACCUUUAGUUGAUAGAACACCUGUAGAACCACCACCGGUACUAGUUGCUGUUGUUGGUCCUCCAAAAGUAGGUAAAUCAUUGGUGAUUCAAUGUCUCAUUAAAAGUUAUGUGAAACAACCAUUGACCAAUAUAGUUGGUCCGGUCACUAUUGUUUGUGGCAAGAAACGGCGGGUUACUUUCAUGGAAUGCAACAAUGACAUAAACAGUAUGAUAGAUAUUGCAAAAGUAGCAGACUUAGUGCUGCUACUGAUAGAUGCAUCCUUUGGUUUUGAAAUGGAGAUAUUUGAAUUCUUAAAUAUUUGUCAAGUUCAUGGUAUGCCUAGAAUCAUGGGUGUUUUGACACACUUAGAUUUAAUCAAAAAUGCAAAGCAAUUAAAAAAGACUAAGAAAACAUUAAAACAAAGGUUUUGGACAGAAGUCUAUGCAGGAGCAAAAUUGUUUUAUUUAUCUGGAUUACUUCAUGGAGAAUAUUUACGUACAGAAGUUAAAAAUCUGGCUAGAUUUAUAUCUGUAAUGAAAUUCAGACCUUUAACAUGGCGUACCAUGCAUCCCUAUAUUCUAGCAGACAGAGUGGAAGAUUUAACAUCGCCAGAAUUAAUCAGACAAAAUCCAAAAGUUGAUAGAACAAUAAGUUUAUAUGGGUAUGUAAGAGGAGUUCCUUUGAACAAGGAAACGUCUGUACACAUUCCCGGAUGUGGGGAUUUAAAAAUUAGAGAUGUUAGCUUUCUCCCAGAUCCAUGCCCUUUACCAGAAGCACUAAAGAAACGCGCGUUAGUUGAAAAAGAGCGUCUGAUUUACGCACCUUUCUCAGGAGUUGGUGGAAUAGUCUACGACAAAGAUGCCGUUUACGUUGAAUUAGGCGGUAGUCAUUCUCACAAAGAAGAAGAUACAGGCUUAGUUGGAGCUUUGAUGAACACCCAGGAAACGCUUGAUGAAAAAUUAAAACACAGCGAAUUGCAGUUGUUUAGUAACACUGAGCCAAUAAAGUCGGAAGAUAUGGAUGAAAAUUUUGGUAAAUAUAGCGGAGAAACUGUAAUCGACAAUGGUAGAGUUAGAAGAAAGGUUCUGUUUUCCAAUUCUGAAACAGCAGAAUCUUCAGACGGUGAAGAUUCGGAGGAAACUGAUCAUGAAGAGGACGAUGUCGAAUUAGAGGAGGAUGAAGAAGAAAAUGAUACAGAGGAAGUGAAUGAAGAAGGCACAAAAUCUAAAGAUCGAGGUACAAAGAGGAAAAAGAAAAGUUCUCAAUUGGAAAAUAUAAAACGUAAAAAGAAAAAGGGUUCGUUAGUUAUUUCAAACCAAGAAGACGGCGAUCUUGAUACUACGAAAGAAGAACCUGAAGAUGUUAAAGACAGUGCUGCUUCAGCAUCAGGUAAUCCAGAAGUUUAUCAUUCUUUAAGUAAGGAAUCUGAUAUCGCGAUAAAAAAUAAAAUCACGGAAGCGUUGAGUCAGUUAAAUUCAGGUUUAAAUAAAUCCAUUGAACAGACAGGUAGUGAGAGUGAAAGUUUUGAUGAGCUUAGCGAUACGGAGUCACGAACUGGAUUGGAAAAGUACGAUUCAGGAAAAGAAAGUGACUUUCAGCAGGAAACUUCCGAGGACGAGGAUUCUGAAGAAAAGAAAUCUCAAGGGAACGAAGAUGAAAAUGACGAUGCAGAAGAAGAAGAAGAAGAAGAAGUUGCAGACGAAUUGAAAUGGAAAUCAAACUUAGUCGAGAGAGCAAAGGAGGCGUAUGAAAAUCGUCAACGAAACACCAAGAAUCUAAUGAAAAUUGUCUACGGAGUAUUCGAUAGAAGUAACACGGAAGAAAAGAAAGAGGAGGGAAACGAAGAAGAAAAAGAAGAUGAUAACGAGAUAGGUGGUAUCUUUCGCGUAGUUCAAGAACAGGAAAAGCAAAAAAUACAAGAAAGAGAGCUGCAGAAUCAAGAAGAAUCCGUGUUCUUCGCAGAAACACCACGGGAUUGGUUGGCAGAGGAAAACAAGGUACUCGUAACGAAUCGUUUUGUAACAGGUAAAUGGAGAGACUCGGAAGAUGCAGAGGAGCUUUUGAAGUUAGACGACAUGGACGACGAAGAGUUGUACGGAGACUUUGAAGACUUGGAAACAAACGAGAAACAUGAAGCGGAAGCGCCGAAAGAAGCGACGACAAAGGACGAGAAAGAAGAAAGGAGGAAGCUUAUCGAGAAAAAGAGAAAAUUGAAGGAACAAUUCGAUUUAGAGUACGAUACCGGGGAAGCAAAAACGUAUUAUGACGAACUUAAAUUAGAAGUAGAAAAACAAGCGAAUCUAAACAAAUCAGAGUUCGAGGGGGUAGACGAUAACGCGAGGGUACAGUUAGAAGGUUACCGUCCGGGCAUGUACGUCCGUGUCGAAAUCGAGACUGUUCCCUGCGAGCUUAUUACUAAUUUAGAUCCCACCUAUCCGUUAAUUAUCGGGGGGCUUUUGCACGGUGAAGAAAAUAUAGGCUAUGUACAGACAAGGAUAAAGAAGCAUCGGUGGUAUUCAAAGAUUCUUAAAAGCAAAGAUCCAUUGAUAUUGUCCAUAGGUUGGAGACGUUUUCAGACGUUACCGAUUUUUUCAAAAUUAGAGGAUAAUUUAAGGAGUAGGAUGUUAAAGUACACGCCAGAGCACGUUGCGUGCAUGGCACACUUUUGGGGUCCCAUUACUCCACAGAGCACUGGAGUGGUGGCCAUUCAGGAUGUUGCGACCAGGAUACCAGGAUUUAGAAUAGCGGCUACAGGUUCCAUCGUGGAGAUGGAUAAAAGCACGCAGAUUAUGAAGAAAUUGAAACUAACCGGUGUACCAUUGAAGAUCUAUAAGAAAACGGCAUUUAUCAAAGAUAUGUUUAACUCGUCCCUUGAGGUUGCAAAAUUCGAGGGUGCUAAGAUUAAAACCGUGUCAGGUAUUCGGGGUCAAAUAAAGAAAGCUAUAUCGAAACCAGAAGGAUGCUUCCGCGCUACGUUCGAGGAUAAAAUACUUUUAAGCGAUAUUAUCUUUUGUCGAACUUGGUACAAGGUUGACGUUCCGAAGUUUUACAAUCCUGUUACGUCGCUUUUGUUGCCUGCCGAGGAAAAGAAUCGUUGGCAGGGAAUGAAAACGACGGGUCAAUUGAAAAGAGAAAAGAAUGUACACAUGCCAGCUAACAUAGAUUCCAUGUACACCCCUGUCGAAAGGGAAGUAAAAGUGUUUAAACCUUUAGUGAUUCCAAGAACUUUACAGAAAGAGCUUCCCUAUAAGAAUAAACCUAAAUUGAAGCCACAUCCUGGUAAACAGGCACCUAGAUUCAGGGAUAACAGAGUAGCCGUAGUACGUGAACCAAAAGAGGAGCACAUAGCAAAAGUAAUGACAAUGAUCAGGACUAAUUAUGUCUAUAAGCAACGACAAUUAAAACAAGCUACUAAACAAAGAAUCGCAGCACUUCAGAGUCGAAUUGCUGCUGAAGAAGGACGUAAACUUAAGAGACAAAAAGAGAUGAAAAAGCAUGUGUUCAGAGAGCUUAGUAAACUGGAACAGAAAAGCAAGAGGUAAUAUUAUAAAUGUGUUCGAAAUGAAAAAUAUAAUACUAAAUUUGUAUAGCUC